AAUAGAGAACAAAACUUCAGCUACUAUGCUUAUGUUUAGCAAUUACAAACAAAAACUUCAGCUACUAUGCUUAAGUUCAGCAAGUACAAACAAAAACUUCAGCAUACUUGGUUCAGCAAUUUUUGCUAAUUCAGGCCCGUCUGCUAGAAUGCUAAAGUUGCGUAAUUGUCUUUGCUACUUCAGCCCCGAAUGCUGAAGUUAUGUGAAAAAGUGGAUACGCUUGCAAUUUUUUUUUACAAAACGGGCACAAGUUAAAACGUGACCCAAAAAACGGGUAUAAAUACAAAUGCCCCAGAGAGAGAAGACAAAUACAUGAAUUGGGCUGGGGCCAAUUCCAUCGUACCGCAUUGAAGCCCCCUAAAUGGUUUGAUCGUAACCAAAUAAAAGCCCAAACAUUUUUAUUAAAUUUCUACGGUAGCAAUUUAAUGAAGGUGGAAUUGCCACGUAGGUGCAGCCGUUAACAUGAACAAAAACAUAGGACUUAUUACAUCCUCAUCAUUUUUCUGCAUUGGCAAAAUAUGCAAAUGGCUUUCAAAGUGGCAGCGCGUCCUGUUGUUAGACAAGCCAACAUAGCUCUGCUCUUACUUCCUCCUCAUUAUCGCACUACCAAAUCCCACGCUGCUUCUUCUUCUUCACAGGUUCUCCACAAUUCAUUCUCUCUACUGAAUCAAAAUGGACCAAGAUAUUCGAUCAGGGCAAUCAGUGGAACGACUGUGGAUCCCGUUGCACCCAAGAAGGAUAAUGAAGACCACGAAAACUGGAAAAUUAAGAUGCUUUAUGAUGGGGACUGUCCCUUAUGCAUGCGUGAGGUUGACAUGUUAAAGGAGAGGAACAAAGGUUAUGGAACAAUCAAAUUUGUGAACAUUAGUUCUGAUGAAUACAGCCCAGGGGAGAAUGAAGGCCUUGAUUAUAAGACAGUUAUGGGAACAAUACAUGCAAUAUUAUCGGAUGGAACUGUGGUUACAAAUGUCGAGGCAUUUAGACGGCUCUAUGAAGCAGUUGGGUUAGGAUGGGUGUAUGCCAUUACAAAAUAUGAACCUAUUGCAACUAUUGCUGAUACUGUGUAUGGAGUCUGGGCAAAGUAUCGUCUUCAGAUAACAGGUCGACCACCUUUAGAAGAAGUUCUAUUGGCACGAAACAAUAAGGAGGAAAUGUGCAAGGAAAGCAAGGCUUGCAAAAUGUAAGAGUUUCAGAAUGUUGGAGCCAUCGGAUGUUUAUCAACAGAGUCAGAUCUACUUCUACGCUCUUGCUGAAGCUGAUAUAGAGUACAAAUAUGGAAGGCCUUACAGUUGCUUUAGUCUUUUCAGCAAUUACUAUAGAAUUGUAUACAGCACUUGUUUUCUAUUUUUCUACAUAUUUCAAGAAUAGAAGAAUAUACCAGAAUAUACAGAAAUUUCUCCAAUAGUUGGUCAAAUGAUGUAGUUAACAAAUGUAUCCUUUUAAUUCUCUGAA